CCCAUCCCCACGAUCUUGUCGACCUUCUUCGCUCCCGUCGCCUCGUUUGCGCACAGAUCUACUCUAUUGCUGUCUCACCCCACCCCAAAAAAAUUUGUUUCAAAUUUAACAAAAUUAAAUAUUAAUAAGUUUUGCGAAUUAAGGAAUUUCGAAGAACCGAUCAUGUUUCUACGUUUUCCUCUUCCUCAGAAAAUUUCAUGACACACACUGUCCUCAUGCGCCGGAUUCGCCUUCUUCACUCAUUUUCAGUAGUUUUUCUCUACUGGUUUUACGUGUUUUCAUGAACUAACCCUCAAAUUGAUUUUCAUCGGGCAAAAAUUUUGUAACUAUUAGUCAUCAGGUUCGCAAUUGGUCUAAACUUUAGCAAAAAAUUCGCUCCAAACGCUCACUUAACUUUCAAUUAAAUACAUCGAAAAAAGAUGGCACCAGACAAAUCAUUUAUGAAUUUCGGGUCAAAGGGGGAUCCAUGUAAUGCUAAGUGUGAUUUGAAGAAGAUGAAGAGAAAGGAAUCCAAUCGCUUAUCUGCUCAGAGGUCUCGAAAUAAGAAGCACCAGCAGCUUGAAGAGCUUCUCCGUCAAGUGAAUCUCUUAAAGGAAGAAAACCAAUCAUACUCGGACAGAAUCAAUGCCACCAAUCAAAUGUAUCAAAACAUGGCUUCUCAAAAUAAGGUUGUGAGGGCUCAGUUUGAUGAAUUGUCUGAUCGUUUGCGUUCCAUGAAUGAUGUGAUUCACAUUGCAUCUGAAGUCAAUGGUGUGGCGAUUGAUACUCAAGAAAUUCCAGAUACCUCACAUAAACCAUGGCAGCUCCCCUUUCCGGCUCAGCCGAUGUUGCAGGACCCAUUUCUGCCUCAACCAUUGCAGCAGGAUUCCUUUCUACCUCAACCACUACCACUGUUGCAAGACCCAUGGCAUCUCUCCUGUGUGAAUCAGCCAAUUGCUGCCUCUGCUGAUUACUUCCUCGACUGAAAUAAAUCUUGGGUUAAGCACUUGUUACUUCUUAGUUGAGUCAAUGUCUGGUCGUCAGUUUCUAAUUGAUUGUAAUAUUUUUGAAGUUGUUUGAUAUGCUUAUUUCAGCUUUUUAGGGUGUCUGAUAUGGUAAUUGCUAGAGAUUGUUUAUACACUUUCAAGUAUUAGUAUGUUGGAUUGUUAGCUUGUCCAUAUUAAUUUGAGUAGAUGUUGCUUGCA